UAAUGUUUUUUCAUUCUAGGCUUUCCUCACGACAGCACAGUGCAUGGUUGUGGAAAAGAAUUUAGGCUUUAGUCCUGGAAGACAACUAUCUAUCAUGUGCUAGGAUACAAAGUUUGUGGAUACUUUUACUUGUGUGCUUCUGGAUUAUAAAGAAGGAAAGUGAAAAUGGGGAGGAAGAAAAUACAGAUCACAAGAAUAAUGGACGAACGGAACAGACAGGUGACCUUCACAAAACGGAAGUUUGGAUUAAUGAAGAAAGCCUAUGAACUGAGUGUGCUUUGUGACUGUGAAAUAGCACUCAUCAUUUUUAACAGUUCUAACAAACUCUUUCAAUAUGCCAGCACGGAUAUGGACAAAGUUCUACUCAAGUAUACAGAAUACAACGAACCCCAUGAGAGCAGAACCAACUCUGAUAUUGUCGAGACUUUAAGAAAGAAAGGCCUUAAUGGUUGUGAGAGCCCUGAUGCUGACGAUUACUUUGAGCACAGUCCACUAUCGGAGGACAGAUUCAGCAAACUAAAUGAAGAUAGUGAUUUUAUUUUCAAGCGAGGCCCUCCUGGGUUACCUCCGCAGAACUUCUCAAUGUCGGUCACUGUUCCUGUGUCCAGCCCCAAUACUUUAACCUACAGUAAUCCUGGGAGUUCCCUUGUAUCCCCAGCACUGGCAGCAAGUUCUACCUUGACAGACUCUACCAUGCUGACCCCUCCUCAAGCCUCAUUGCAUCGAAAUGUGUCACCAGGAGGUCCUCAGAGACCACCAAGUACAGGCAGUGCAAGUGGUAUGCUGUCCACAACAGAUCUCUCAGUGCCAAAUGGAGCUGGUUCGAGCCCAGUGGGAAAUGGUUUUGUGAAUUCACGAGCUUCACCAGGCCUGCUUAGCAGCACCGGGGGUGGGAAUGGCCUAAGCAAAGGGAUGCCUACAAAAUCUCCCCCUCCCCCUGGCGGCGGCAACCUUGGAAUGAACAGUCGCAAGCCAGACCUCCGGGUUGUCAUCCCUCCCUCUAGCAAAGGCAUGAUGCCUCCAUUGUCGGAGGAGGAUGAAUUGGAGUUGAACACACAGCGGUUAAGCAGCUCUCAGUCUACACAGCCUCUUGCAACACCAGUUGUGUCUGUGACAACUCCAAGCUUGCCCCCAGGAUUGGUGUAUUCAGCAAUGCCUACAGCUUACAACACUGAUUAUUCCUUGACUAGUGCAGACCUGUCGGCCCUGCAGGGUUUUAACUCCCCAGGAAUGCUGUCAUUAGGACAAGUAUCUGCCUGGCAACAGCAUCAUCUAGGACAAGCAGCCCUCAGCUCCCUUGUGACUGGAAGCCAAUUAUCUCAGGGUUCCAACUUAUCUAUUAAUACCAACCAAAACAUUAACAUAAAGUCCGAGCCAAUUUCGCCUCCUCGAGACCGAGUGACCCCAUCCGCGUUCCCCCACCAGCAGCAGCAGCAACAGCAACAGCAGCAACCUCAGCAACAAUCACGUCAGGAAAUGGGCCGCUCUCCCGUCGACAGUCUCAGUAGCUCCAGCAGUUCGUACGAUGGCAGCGACCGGGAGGACCCAAGGAGUGACUUCCACUCACCGGUUGGACUGGGAAGGCCCCCCAAUUCAGAAGACAGAGAGAGCCCGACCGUAAAGCGGAUGAGAAUGGAUACUUGGGUGACAUAAGCUUCCCAUUCUCCCUUUCUCCCUUCCGUUUCUACUUUUGAGUUAUCCCAAUGAACAGUCCUGACAUAUCUAAAUUUAUAAAUAAGGACAUGAAAUAAAUAUUUAUAUGUAUAUACAUACAUGCAUAUAUAUAAAUAUAUAUAUCUUUGUAUACAUAUACAUGUGUGAGUGUGUGAAGCAAGGCACGCAUACUCUCUCUUUCUCUCUCUUUCUCUCACACACAAAAUCAGCAGGCACUUAAAUACCAACUCCUCCUAUAGCUGCAGAUGCCCCGUGGUUUUUAAAACACAGUAUAACAGAAAGAACCCUUUAUAGGUAUUGGUCUAGUCUGGCACUUAACCUGGACUUUGCUCCUUGAAUAAUGUAAACUGUUUUGCAAAAUAAAUGUCGUACCCGUAUGUAAUCUAUCAAACUAGAUGGCCGAGGCGUGAGGGCUCGCCUGUAGUCGUGUUCCUGUGUGUGUGUGUGUGUUUUCCAACAGCCGUACUGUCCCCUGUAGUUAAGAGUACGCUUUGUAGCAGCAGAGCCGUAGAAAAAGAAAGCAAUACUGUACAUAGAAUGACCUUUAUAUUACCCAAUCAAGCAUGGGUCUCUCUCUCUCUUACGAAAGGGUGCAUGGAGAAGGGCUGACAAUGUUAAAAACGAAACAAGAAACCCCCAACACCUGUAUUUGCACGUGCAAAACUAUACUGGGUCAAAUUAAGGGUCCCCCCUUUUUUCCUUUUACCAAGUGUGAAAGAGAGACAUAAAGAACGUGCAUGGAAUAUUCAAAAGAUAUUAGACUAGAAGAUAGUCCGUAAAGAAAAUUUUAAUAUAUUAAGUUAUAAUUGGAAAAUGUUUGAAAUCUUUCUUAUGUUCCUCCUACCUUUUUUAAAAAAUAGAGAAAAACAAUUUUAGCUUGUGUAUAUUUUUUAUUAAAUAAACCAUACCCUUCUCUAAGAUUAUAUAGAAAGUUAUAUACAGUACUUUUGAACACAUUCUGCUAUGAAUUAUUUAUAUAAGCCAAAGCUGUAUGGUGUCGCGCUUUUUUUUUUUUUUUGGUAGAAUAUAGUUUUGUUUUUUGAUUGUCUAUUUUUUUGGUCUUUUGUUUUUAGGGGAGGAAGGAAAAAAAAAUCUUGCAGGCAGAACCUUGGGGAAAAAUAAGCCAUGAAUACUUAUUAUUCUAUAUGUAAAUUUAAAAUUUGAGCCAAACUUUGUGUAUAUAGCAUCUUAAAUAUAUUAUCACCUUUUGGUGUAAGUACCUAUGUAUUGUACGUUCGCCAGAUUAAAAAAGUAUAUUUUUGUGGAUUGACGCCAACUUGAAGAAAAAAAGGCGAGGUCCUUAUUAA